AGGCCUCUCUGCCUCAGCUUUCCCCAGCCCUGCCUCUGAGGUCACAGUUCUGAGAGUUCACCUACCUCCAGUGCAACUUGACUUUGGUCUUUAAUCCAAAUAGAAAAGAUAAAGGCCAAGGCCAGGAAAAGCAAAACGUCUUCUGGGGGUUGUUCUUACACUGUCCCUGAGUGAGGCCCCACAGGAACUGUGGAGCUGGGCUCAUUUCUCGGGUUAUUAGACUCCAGUGUCUUUGCUCUUUCCCAUCCUGUGCAGCUUCCAAAAGAGUCUGCCCUGCCCCAAAUCCCAUCACGCUACCCACCCACAUUGCUCUGGACUGGCCUUGUGGUCUGAGCCAGAAGUUCCUGGAAUGCCUGGGCUGCGGGGACCUGUGGGCCACUGCUGACCGGAAUCCUUGGUGUCUUCAGACUGGCCUGGAGCCAGCAGGAAGGCGAAUGUCGCACCUUUCCCCUCCACUCCUCUGUGUCCUCUCUAGACUGGGUUCAUUAGAAAAAGCUGUCUGUUGGCCUGCCCUGCAAGCCUGGAGUUUAGAGUAUGGGUCAUGAACCUGAAUUAUAGCUCAAAAACAAACUAUGGGCCUUUUUGUCUAGUUUCAGUCAUAUAUUUUCUACAUACUAAACACAUCUUGGAUUUUCAGGUCAGUCUAAGUUUGAUUCCGGGUUAGGUGUUAAGGAUUGGGUAGCACAGAAGGGCCCUCCCACUUGAAACUCCACCCUUUCUUUCUUGGGGGAUAGCCGUUAAAAGUGCAGUUCUAUAUUUCCCAUACUGCAUUCAGAGUAAGCCACAGCACGGAGCAGUCUCAAGGCCAACCCAGAGAGUUCAGGCACUACUCUGGCCCCUGACACCACAGCAUGGAGCCGAUCCAGGACACCACCCGCCUGCCACUGGAGUAUGUGAAGGGGGUCCCUAUGAUCAAGUACUUUGCAGAGGGAUUGGGAUCACUGCAGAGCUUGCAACUCAGGCCCGAUGACCUGAUCAUUAGCACCUACCCCAAAUCUGGCACCACCUGGGUGAGCGAGAUCCUGGAUAUGAUCUACCAGGGCGGUGACCUGGAGAAGUGUUGCAGGGCCCCUAUCCUAACGCGGGUACCUUACCUUGAGUUCAGAGUCCCAGGGCAUCCCACAGGUGUUGAGGUUCUGAAAAAUACACCAGUCCCACGGCUCAUCAAGACACACUUGCCCCUGGCCCUGCUCCCCCAGACUCUGCUGGAUCAGAAGAUCAAGGUGGUCUAUGUUGCCCGCAACGCAAAGGAUGUGGCUGUCUCCUGUUACCAUUUCUACCGCAUGGCCAAGUUGAACCCUGACCCUGGCACCUGGGACAGCUUCCUGGAGAAGUUCAUGGCUGGGGAAGUGACCUAUGGAUCCUGGUACCAGCACGUGAAGGAGUGGUGGGAGCUGAGUCGCACCCACCCUGUUCUCUACCUUUUCUAUGAGAACAUUAAGGAGAACCCCAAAAGGGAGAUUCAGAAGAUUCUGAAGUUUGUGGGAUGCUCCCUGCCGGAGGAGACAGUGGAUCUCAUUGUGCAGCACACGUCGUUCGAAGAAAUGAAGAAGAAUACCAUGACCAACUACAGCGACAUACCCUUGAAUCUCAUGGACCAGAACAUUUCCGCCUUUAUGAGGAAAGGAAUCACGGGAGACUGGAAAACCCUCUUUACUGUGGCCCAGAAUGAGCGCUUUGAUGCUGACUAUGCUGAGAAGAUGGCAGGCAGCAACCUCAACUUCCGCUCAGAACUAUGAGUGUUCACUGAAAUCACUCCAAAGAGAGUGGUGUGAAACCAGCCUGAUCACGGCCUCAGGAAUAAAAUAUGAUUUGUGUUGCAUGGAGAA